AUGGAUGUGAGCUUCGUGUGCUCAGGGGAGGAGCCCUUCCAGAUGGAGGUGGGCUUCUUCGACACCGUGCAGGACAUCAAGGAGAAGCUCCAGAGCCGCCGGGGCUGGCCCGCCGCCGCCAUGUCGCUCCUCCACAACGGCGCCGCGCUCGCGGACGACGGCGGCGGCAUCGAGCGGCACGGCAUCGUGGAGGGCUCCGUCCUCCACGUCUCCCUCGCCCUCGACGGUCCGCCGCGGCAGCAGACGCGGCGGGCGAAGCGGAGCAGACCGGCGAGCAGGAGGCGGGGCGACGAGGAGGGCGCCGCCGCCGCCGCGCCGCCGCUCCGGGUGACCGUGGUGUCGCGGUGCGGCGCGGGGCGCGUGGAGGUGGCCGUGGCCGCGCGCGCCGCGGUGUCGGCGCUGCGGGCGGAGCUGGAGCUGGAGCGCGCGCGCGGGACCGGGGGGUUCCCGCUGCCGGUCGACGGCGCCUACUUCUUCAUACACCGGCAGAGCGUUAUGGACGAGGCGCGCUCCUUCGAGUGGCACGGCGUGGCCGCCGGCGACGAGGUCGUCGUGUUCGACGGCUCCGUGACGAGGGCCCCAGCGUACUGA